AUGUCCCACCAGGAGAAGGCCCAGAGGAAGACCAAGGACACGCUGGAGGGACUAUGUCUCCCGGCUGGCCUGGGAUCGCCUCGGAGCUGGAGAUCCGUGAAGUGUGGAAGAGAGGCAGAAGAAGCUGGUUUUGAGCUCUACCCCAAUAAUGAUGGCAGCGUGAUGGACCCCAGAGAGCGGUGGAGGAUAAUGAGAAGUCAGGUUAUAAGGUUGUUGGAGAGCUCGAUGCUGAACGCAGAAGUGAAAGAGGGCGAGAUCCUGCCUCCCACCAUCCAGAGACUCAUGAAAGGAUACAACAAGUACCUGAGGCCCUUCUUUGACAACGGCCCUGUGACGGUGGGAAUGAGCCUGGACAUCGCCAGCAUCGACACCAUCUCAGAAAUCAAUAUGGACUACACAGCCACCAUCUUCCUCCGUCAGCGCUGGACUGAUGAGCGGCUGGUGUUUGAGGGGAACAAGAGCCUGAGUCUGGACGGGCGCCUGGUGGAGCUGCUCUGGGUCCCGGACACGUUUAUAGUGGACUCCAAGAAGUCCUUUCUCCACGACAUCACUGUGGAGAACAGGCUGAUCCGGAUAUUCCCCAAUGGAACCGUCCUCUACGCUCUCAGGAUCACCACCACAGUGGCCUGUAACAUGGACCUCACCAAGUACCCCAUGGACAAGCAGACGUGCACGCUGCAACUGGAGAGCUGGGGCUACAACAUAAACGAUGUGAUGUUCUACUGGACCAGAGGGAACGAGUCUGUGAGUGGGCUGGACUCUCUGCAGCUGGCUCAGUACACUGUGGAAGACCACUACACCUCUGUGUCUGAGGCCAUUUACGAGACAGGGCAUUACCCGAAGCUGGUGUUCCACUUCGAGCUGAAGAGGAGCAUCCUGUACUUCAUCCUGGAGACUUAUGUGCCCUCCAGCCUGCUGGUGGUGCUGUCCUGGGUCUCCUUCUGGAUCUCGCUCUCCUCUGUCCCGGCACGCAUCUGUAUAGGCGUGACCACAGUGCUGACCAUGACCACCCUGAUGAUGGGCGCCCGCACCUCUCUGCCCAACGCAAACUGCUUCAUAAAGGCCAUAGACGUGUACCUGGGCAUCUGCUUCAGCUUCAUCUUCGGUGCUCUGAUCGAGUACGCCGUGGCCCACUUCUGCACCCUCACCAGCACCGACUCCCACAUGCUCAUGUACAGCCACCACCUCCACGACCUGGACGACGAGAUCAACGGCAUCGUCACCACCAUCUCCAGCCACGCCGCCGCCGCCAACCGCGCCAAGAGACGGGCCAAGGAGCAACCCGCCGCGCCCGCCACCACCCCCGCCUCCACCGAACUGACAGUCACCCCCUCCUCCCCCUCCGGCAGCGAGCCCAAGCCCGAGCCGGCCCCGCCCGAACACACCCACUGGUGCAUCACCGCCCUGGCGACCCUGCGCAAACUCCUCCGCUCCAUAAAGUGCUGCACCGUGGAAAACCCCCAUCACAUAGACAACUACUCCCGAAUCACGUUCCCUCUCUCGUUCGUCAUAGUCAACCUGCUCUACUGGACAUACUACCUGUAUUUUUAG